GCUGCUGGUGCGCGAUAACCUCUUUACCAUCCGAGGGCUGCACGUUAUUUAUUUAAAGAGCGUCUCUUUCACGCACUCAAUAUAGUCGAUGACGAUCGAUGACACGAUGAGGACUCGCCAGCUUAUUAUCACGGUUUUGCUUCUUAGCACGUCCUUUGCAGCGGGCGCGUUACCAGAACAGUGCAACCGUCUUUGCAAUUGUGCCAGCGGGUCGACCUUUUGCGCCAGGGUGAAUUCGAGACUGGGUCCCCAUCAGAUGCAGUACCCUGGAUGCCUCAACCAGUGCUUCGACACUUGCUGUCAGGGAGGAGCAAAAGGAUCACUGACUGAAGUCAAAGAAGGAGGGUGUUUAGACGAGAUAUUUGUGCAGGUCGUGACUGGAACACACGCAGAUGGGCCAGUUGGGCUUGUUGAGCCUUGCCCUGAAAUAUACCUGGCUGCUAUCACCAAGAAUAGAACAAAAAAUUAAAAAUAGUGAAACCCCAGAGCAUUUCUCGCUCUCUUUAUAGUAUCAAAUUUGUUUAGAUCAUAAUAAAAAGAAUGUAAAUACGAUAAAAAAGUAACUCUUGAAAUGUGUAUGUAAUGUCACUUCUUAAAUUUUUUCAGUGUUAUUUUUAUUUAUUUUAAUUCAUAUAAUAUUUUAAUUAUAUUUUUUUAAUUCAUAUCUAAUUAAUAAUUAGAUAUUAAACAAUAAUUUAGGAGGAAAAACCCAUCUAAUCCUUGAUUAGACUGAAAUAACAGAAUUACAAUAAGUACAAA